CCCAAGUUCCAGCUCCAAGAAAAACCUCAACUCAGCUCCAGCCCUCAGGGCCCACCAUGGAGAAGGACUUUCAAGAUAUCCAGCAGCUGGACUCCGAGGAAAAUGACCAUCAGCUCAGCGGCGAUGAGGAACUAGGCACCCAUGGGCAGAAUCCUAGGACAGAAAAUCCAUUCUGGAAAGGGCAGCCUCCUUCCCCGCCCUUUCCACAGUGCCUCAGCUUCAGGCUCUACCUCAGUCUGCUUGCCCUGGCCUUCAAUGUCCUGCUGCUGGUGGUCGUCUGUGUGAUUUCAUCGCAAAGUGAGGUCAUGGCUGGCAUGCGGCUGCAAGAGGAGUUUCGGACCCUGAAAGAAAAUUUCAGCAACUUCUCCUCCAGCACCCUGAUGGAGUUCAGGGCUCUGGAUUCCCACGGAGGUAGCAGAGAUGACAAAUUGACAUCCUGGGGAGCCACACUGGAGAAAAAGCAGCAGGACCUGAGAGCAGAUCACUCCACCUUGCUCCUGCACCUGAAGCACUUCCCGCUGGAUUUUCGAACCCUGAGCUGUCAGCUGGCCUUCUUCCAGAGCAAUGGCACAGAAUGCUGCCCUGUUAACUGGGUGGAGCAUGGGGGCAGCUGCUACUGGUUUUCAAAGGAUGGACUGACCUGGGCUGAGGCUGCUGAGUACUGCCAGCUAGAGAGUGCACACCUGCUGGUCAUCAACUCCUGGGAGGAGCAGAAAUUCGUUGUGAAGCACACGGGCCCGUUUCACACCUGGAUAGGUCUCACUGACAGGGGCGGCUCCUGGAAAUGGGUGGACGGAACCGAAUAUAGAGACAACUACAAGAAUUGGGCCUCCACCCAGCCAGAUAACUGGCAGGGUCAUGAAGAGGGCGGAAGUGAAGAUUGUGUCGAAAUGUUCUCCGAUGGCCGCUGGAAUGACAACUUCUGUCGACAGGUGAACCGCUGGGCGUGUGAAAAGGGGCGCAAUAUCACCCACUAGGAGCCUGCUCUACCAUGUCUUCCUUGUCGCCCCCCCCCACAUCACCCCAACUUCUUCACUGGGGAUAUUGAAACAAGGAAGAGAAGCAGAGUCCCCAGCAUGAGGAGGAGUUAUGGGGAAACAGAAAGGGGGCGGCUUUAUUGUCU